ACCAUUUGCGGCUAAAACAAAGCUGAAAUCAUAUAGACAGCUAGCCCAUAUAAGCACAUUCAGACAACCCCCCCUAAUAUAAACCCCUUGCAUAUACAACAUCAUCUGCCAUGUCUGACGAAAUCAUUUGGCAGGUUAUAAAUAACCAAUUCUGUGCAUUCAAAAUUAAAACUACCAAGGAGCAAAAUUUCUGUAGAAACGAAUAUAAUGUUUCCGGUUUAUGCUCACGUCAAUCCUGUCCUUUGGCCAAUGCCAGAUAUGCCACUGUGAAAAACGUGGAUGGAAAAUUGUACUUGUACAUGAAGACAGCUGAAAGAGCCCAUAUGCCAUCUCGUAUGUGGGAAAGAAUUCGAUUGCUGAAGAACUACAAUAAGGCACUUAGUCAAAUUGAUGAUCAUUUACAAUAUUGGCAAAAGUUUUUGAUCCACAAAUGUAAACAAAGAUUGACAAGAUUGACACAAGUGGCUAUCACUGAACGUAGACUUGCUUUACGUGAAGAAGAAAGACACUAUGUGGGAGUAAAGCCAAAGGUGAAGAGAAGAGAAGAAAACAGAGAACGUAAGGCCUUGGCCGCCGCCAAAAUUGAAAAGGCUAUCGAAAAGGAAUUGUUGGACAGAUUAAAGAGUGGAGCCUAUGGUGACAAGCCUCUUAAUGUCGAUGAAAGUAUCUGGAAGAAGGUAUUGGGUAAGGUUGGUGAAGAAGAUGAAUUAGACGAAGAUGAAGAAGAUGAAGACUUAGAAGACGAAGAAUUGGAUGAAGAAGAAAGUGAUGAAGGAGAAGUCGAAUAUGUUGAAGAUGAUGGUGAUGAUGAAUUGGUUGACUUGGAAGACUUGGAAAAAUGGCUUGAUGACUCCUCUGCAUCUGAGCUGGAAGAUGAUGAUGAUGAAGAUGACUCCGACGAUGAAGCCUCGGGUAAGAGAAAGUCGUCUGCCGAAGACAACAAGAGAAAGAAGAGAAGAGCCCGCGUGGAAAUCGAGUACGAGCAAGAACAAGAGCCACUCACCAACAUUGCUGCCACAUAGAUUGUUACAUAGAUUGGAAU